ACGAUGACAAAGUUCCACAUUACCAAAAAAUGGAGAAAAAAAGUGAAAAUUUUACGAGCAAUCAUUCACGGAUCGCUUGGAAACAACGCGUUCAUUGCUACAGAAGAUCACAAGGUUCAUAACAAUUUUGGGGAUAAUGAGUGUAGCAAAAAAAUCAAGGAUGAUGAUAAGAAACAAUCUACUAAUACUACUACUAAUGUGUCUUGUAAAGUGGGCAUGUUGGCAAGGGUACCAAGUAGAGGUCUAAAUGGGUUACGAAAGGUCGGUAGAGCGGUUUCCAUGCGUAAACACGAAGAAGAAGAAGGAAAAGAAGAUGAAGGCGAUGAACUUUGUAAAAAGAGGAUAAUGAUGGGAAACAAGUGUAGACCAUUAAAUGUUUCAGGUUCUCUUCAUUAUGAUAAGAAUGGUGUUUUGGUUCCUGAAGUAGACUACUAAUUAAAUUAUUGUUAAUUAAUUUCUUCUUCAUUUGAUGA